AUGCAGAUAGUCACAGAAUUAAAAGAAAGAUUGGACUAUUGUGGUCAUUGGUCCAAUACUUUUCAUGUAUACACCCUCAACCAAGCCACCAAAGAGUCAUCCUGGGAUCCUCCGUAUGGAACCGAUUCGGUUUUGUUGAGUGAGUACUUGAAGAAAUUCAAGGAAAAUGGACGCAAGCCCGUAAUUAAUAAAGACGGGAAGAUAAGAGCCAGUCACAUUCUAACAAAACACAAGCAGUCCCGCAAUCCCAAACUGUGGAAGAAUCCAGAGAUCACCAUUUCAAGAGAACAAGCUAUUGAUGAAACAAGAGAGAAGCUUGCAAAAGUUUUGAAUGGAGAGGCAAGUUUCAGCGAGAUGGCCGAGACCGAGAGUGAUUGCAGCUCUCAUGGUCGAAACGGUGAUUUGGGAUAUUUUGGAAGAAGAGAGAUGCAGCCUCCUUUUGAAUUGGCUGCUUUCAAUUUACACAUUGGUGAAAUUAGCGAAUUAGUGGAAACAGAUAGCGGAAUACAUAUUAUCCAGAGAACUGGAUAG